AUGAAGUACCAAGUCAUGGCUCUGGCCAGUAUGGCUGCAUCUGCAAUGGCCUUCAACUGCACUCGCAGCUACCUUGCUGAUACUGCUGCUGCCUACGUGGACUUGAUAGCCACAGGCCAACACGACCGUUUCGAAAAUCUAGCCUACGACAUGGUCUACCUCGAGAAUAACCAGACAGCCUCCCUCCUUCAUGGCCCUUCAGCGUACGGUCUAACCCUCGACGCCAACCGCUCAAUCCUCGAUACUACACAGUGCAAAACAUUCACUGAGCUCAUCGUCACUGACCUUAAACAUCCCUACGUCAUCCAUACGCAAAUGUCCCUCGAUGACGAAGGCAACGUCAAUCUCAUCGACAGUCUGAUCACAGACCAAGGUGACUGGGCCUUCAACGCAACAGGCUAUAAGUACUGGAACAGCCUGGAGAAUUGGGACCCCAUCCCAGAGUCACAGCGAUCAUCUCGUGCGACCAUCCAGGCAGCAGGCGACGCAUAUGCAGAUCGCUGCAAUGAUGUCUCGGUCCACGUCCCCUUUGGCACGCCAUGCGCGCGACUCGAAGGCGGUGCGUAUACUGGCCGUGGCAAUUUGUCUGCGCAGACCUGCAAUCUCGGUGGAUUACCUGAGCAUGUUCCCAUGGUCAAUCGGCGAUAUGUGGUCGAUGAGGUGAUGGGCGUGGUGGACAUCUUCUUGGGCUUCACUGGCCUCGAUCGCACGCGAAAGGACGAGGGGACGCCAGACAGCCAUUUAUUUAGAGUGGAAAGGGGUGAAAUUCGGUAUAUCCACACUGUGAGCGCGUGUUUCGUGGAUGGCUGUGGGAUGAACCACACAGUUAUUAUUGGGAGAUGA